AUGAACGAGGCGAGGACAGCUGCUGGACUAGCUGAGUUUAAGCCAGCAUCUGAAGAAACACAAGUGCUGCCGCAACAUUCUGGGACUGUUAUGAAGAUAUCAGCUGAAACAUUGUGGAACGAAAUCUGCAAAAAAAUAAUGGUGCGAGACGCGCUACAUCUGUUUUGUUUUUCAUUCCUGCAUGCGAAGCAAGAAGUCGACAUCACUCAAGCCGAUGAUUUGGUGGGAACCUUCGCCUACUACGCCGGCAAGAACGACUGUAAAGCGGCAGUGCAGUACUGGAAGGACGGGCUUUCGCUAUUCAAUGACCAGCUGCCCCCAACGUACAAAGCGUUGAAUGACCCUGCGGUGUACACCGACAAAGCCGUUUCCUUUGUCGCCCUCUAUAACCCCAAGGCGAAUCCUGUAGCCAGCUGUGCCUUCGUUACCUGCACAAAAGGAAGCGUGGUCGCUGCCCCAGAUCAGUCAGAAAACCACGAAGGGAGGGAAGAAGAGUGGCGGAAGAUUGUUCAAGCCAUCGUUGGUACUGAGAAGGGCAACGGGAUUUCGCCAGUCGGGCCGUCAUUGGUAGUUGGGUUCAUAAUGAUGCUUUUUGCCUACGAGCUUUUUUAG